UCUAAACAAACAGAAACAAAAGAAAAAGAAAAAAAACUAUAUAUUAAACAAAAUCGGUAGUUGUUAAAAUUGUAACAUUUUUAGAUAAUUUUUAAAAUCACGAAAAAUAAACUGUCAAAAAUCUUACUAUAAAAAAUCUCGCUUUAAGCCUGCACAAAAAAACCCUGAGGAGUAGGCAAUCAUGAGCCAUUUGGGCAUAACAGAUGUUCAUCAGUCCCAGGAUGCCACUCCGGACUUGGAAUCCUUUACUGGUUUUGGAAAUUCCGCUGCAGAAGCUUUUAUUCAAAGUUUGGCUGGAAUGGUGAACCAGGGCGAUGUGGAAACCAUGAUAAGGGCGCAAAAGCAAAUGCUGCAACGAUUUGAGAAAACCAAUGAGAUGCUGCUGAAUUGUAAUGCUCUAUCACAAAGUCGACUAAAAAGUGCCAGCGAGGAUUUCAAAAGGCAUGUAAAAUGCCUGAACGACAUGAAAAAGGAUCUGGACUAUAUAUUUCGUAAGAUACGAGUCAUCAAGCAAAAGCUUCAGUUGCAAUACCCCGCCAUUUAUGCGGAAGUCCAGCCUCAAAGGAGCAGUUUGGCUGAGGAAGCCGAGGAUGACACAGAAGCUCAGGCCAAAAAGUCAUCAGAACACAAUGCUCCUUCUGCAGGAAAACCUGUAGCAGCAACGGCAGCCACGAAGAAGAGUGCUGCCACCAUUGAGUAUGUGCAAAUGGAGGAGGCUGUGGAAAAUGGAACUGUGGAGAUCGAAAACGAAUUGAUCAAACGGGUCUGCUCCGUGGAAACGGCGAAUCCUAACGAUUCCUCCGAUUGCACAUCCGAAGAUACAGGUUGAAAGCUCUAUUCCAAUUAGUUAGCUUUAGUUUUAUAGUAAAUGUGUAAUGUAUAAUAAUUUAUUGGCUUAAAAUAUAAUCUGAUACUUGUA